GGGUAAACGUUAAGGCAGCUAAUCGCGAUCACGGGUUACCCCAAUUACAUCAGAGGAGACUCGCUUGCAGUUUAAGAUAAAGCGAAGCGCGCGGUUUGUUCAAAUAACAGUUUAGCGGUAAGUUCCUCUGAAACCGGGUCGUAACAGUUUCUGUUCAGCAUACACACACACGAAAUCGAAGAAAACUCACAAAGUUUCGGUGCUCGACCGACCAUGGACUGCAAUUGUCGGUAUUACGUCGGGCCAUCGUUGGCCAACACUUGCGGCGGAAGUGCAUACGUUUUGUUUAUGACCCUGCUCGACACGUUUAUAAGGAACAAGUGCGAUCUAUCGGAGAUCUGCCAGAGGGUGCAGCCAAAGCUGAGACCCGAUCCUGAGUAUGAUUUCGUUGUUAUUGGGGGAGGAAGUGGAGGGGCCACAGCGGCCGGCAGAUUGUCCGAAGUGUCGCAAUGGAAAGUACUUUUGAUUGAGGCCGGGGGAGAUGAGCCUCCAGGUGCACAGGUACCAUCGAUGGUGAUAAGUUACCAUGGCAACCCGCACGUGGACUGGAACUACAAAACGGAUCCGGAAAAAUCCGGCUGUCAGGGAUACCCGGAAAAGAGAUGCUCGUGGCCGAGAGGAAAAGUCCUGGGAGGGUGCAGCGUCAUCAACGGUAUGAUGUACAUGAGGGGAACCCCCCGAGAUUACGAUAACUGGGCUGCUGCGGGCAACAAAGGGUGGGCAUACAAGGAUGUGCUGCCAGAAUUCAAAAAGCACGAGGACAACUUGGAGAUUGGCACGCUGGUCGAUGCUAAAUACCACGGCAAAGGCGGACCUAUGACCACACAGAGGUUUAACGAUCAACCGGAACUUGCAUACGAUAUCCUGGACGCGGCAAAAGAGCUUAAGUAUCCCGUUGUAAAGGAUCUCAAUGGAGAGCAGUUUGCAGGUUUUACCGUCGCACAGACAUCCACCAGAAAUGGAGCACGUUUAAGCAGCGCCAGAGCCUACUUAAGACCAAAUCGAAACCGUCCAAACUUACACGUGAUGCUUAAUUCCACUGCAACAAAAAUAAACUUGCGCAAAACUGGCAACCAAAAAACCAUUGACUCUGUGGAGUUCAUUUAUAUGGGCAAAACCUUCACUGUAAAAGUUAACAAAGAGCUAAUCCUUGGUGCGGGAGCUUUAAACACGCCUCAGAUAUUAUUAUUAUCUGGUAUAGGUCCUAAAGCGCAGUUGGAUAAAGUUGGAAUUCAACAAGUGCACGAAUUGCCAGGCGUGGGUCAAAAUCUACAAAACCACGUAGCGUUUUACAUAACCUACGUCAUGCAAAAAGUGAAAGCAAUAAAUGAUUUGGAUUGGGCCAAGGCUUUGGACUACAUUUUGAACCGUAAAGGGCCCAUGUCCAGUACUGGUAUGUCGCAAUUGACAGCUAGAAUAAACUCCAAAUAUGCCGACCCAAGUGGUAACUACCCGGACUUGCAGAUUUUUUUCGCCGGUUAUUUGGCUAACUGCGCCAAGUCCGGUGAAGUUGGAAGAGCCUUAGAUGACGAUAAACCGGAUGCACCAAGGCAUCUAACAAUAUCACCUGUAACUCUUCAUCCAAAAUCCAAAGGUUUCGUGGGAUUGCGAUCCAAGAACCCUCUGGAACCUCCGGUAAUGGUUGCAAAUUAUUUAGAAGAACCUGAAGAUGCUGCUGUGUUGGUCGAAGGUGUAAGAGUUAUACAACGCUUAAUGAAUACCACGGUGAUGAGGAAUAAAUAUGGAAUGAAGUUGGAUAAAGAUGAGCAUGGGGAUUGCGCCAAAAAAUUCGGAUAUGACACGGAUGACUUUUGGCACUGCGCUGUACGUUACUACACUGGCCCAGAAAACCACCAAGCGUCAUCAUGCAGAAUGGGACCAAAGUCCGACCCAAUGGCGGUAGUGAACAACAAACUGCAACUGUACGGAGUUGAUGGUAUAAGAAUAAUGGACGCAUCCGUGAUGCCAUACCUGGUAUCCGGAAACACCCAUGCCACCAUAGUGAUGAUUGCCGAAAGAGGCGUUGAAUGGAUAAAACAAACAUGGCAACCGACGAACUCGAUUGCGAAUAGAAAUGGUGUACCAGAUGCGCCCAGGGUUGGUUCAGCUUCAUCGGGUGCAGCUGCAGCUAAACCUGCACCAUCAAAUCCGAAACCUUUCCAAGGUUAUAAUUACAAUCCUUACAACCAUCAUGGUCAUAAUUUUCAGCAUAACCAGGAGUGGCACAAUGCCCAUCGUAUACCGAUGCCCAAUCAAAAUAAUUACAAAAAGCACAAUUUGUUUGUUGAGAGUGGGCAGUAUGAUCCAAAUAUAUUCGAAUAUAUUUAAGUUUUUUGUAAUUUAAGUUUUGUUAUUUGUUUCAAAUAAAGUAUUAUUAUUAGGA